ACCAGGAAGCUGUUGCUUUGCUCCGAGUUGAGUGAGACGCCGUGAAAUCCCUGGCUAUGGGAAGCUUAGAGGAUUACCUACAGAAAAAGGUGGACUUGAGGCAACAGCUGAUUUCCCAGACGGUGGAGGAGGUGAAGAAAGUCGUCCACUGUUUGAGCAAAGAGAUCAGCCAGCAAGACGUUAGAUUCCAAGCCGUCCCGUUCUCUGACACUUACGAUGGGAACAUCCAGGUUUUGACCCCCACCCACUUCCUCAUCACAGUCCCAGUGAGAGGCCUGGCUGGGUACCGGGAGACCAAGGAACAGCGCUGGCGGUACUACACCCUGCAGGGCACCAGGCUCCCCACCCCUGUGCGGAGCCCCGAGGACCUGCAGCAGUGGUUGCAGGUGGAGCAGUUUAUGAAGAGCCUGUGGCAGUGGCAUGGGGACGAUGUGAACAUUGAAGGUGACAUUGUGCCUGCCAGGGUCCUCCAGGUGUUCCAGAAGCUGGUGGAAAAUGCAGUUAGGACCUGUCACCUCCCAGGUCAAGUCAGCCUGCUGGAGAGUUGCGGUGCUGCGGUUUGGGUUGCCGUGGAAACGGCUGCCUGUCAGGUGGAACUCGAGCUGGUACCCUCUGUGGAGAUCCCCACCACCUGGUCCGCCAAAGGCCAGUGGCCCCGAUGUCUGCGGCGCUGGCCGUCCAUGGAGACCGUGGAGUGCAUCAAGUCCCUUGGGUUUGACUUGUUGGCCCGUCCCAGUUAUCACUGGCAGCUGGACUUCUGCCGGGCCGAGCAGGCGCUGCUGGAGCUGCUGGACGAGGACGGGGGCUGCCGCGGGAAGUGCUUCCAGCUCCUGCUGCAGAUGAAGGAGGAAGUCUGGUGUCCCGGGAAGAAGCCAGUUCUCACCUCCCACCAUCUGCAGACAGUGCUCUUUUGGACUUGUGAGAAAUAUCCCCACGCCAAGGACUGGCAGGUUUUCAGCAAAUCCUUCCUGCGGCUGGUCCGGAAGCUGCACAAGUGCGUGAGCCAGCACUUUCUGAAGCACUACUUCGUGCGAAAGAGCAACCUUCUUCGCUAUGCCAACUGGACAGACCUGGACGUCCUAGCCACCAAGCUGGCCACCUUCCUGAAGAACCCCCAGGUCAUCCUGCCCUGAGGCAGCCCCUCGGACGUUUCGCGUGGGCUUGACUGCUCCACUAGGAUCCUGGUCUCUGUCCAGUGCCAGGAUCCUGCCCAGGAGAGAGGCGGGCACCGCAGAGGAGGACAUUCUGAACUACAGCAUUUACGAGGGGGAGAAUGGUCCCAGGAUGUCGGAGUCAGGCCUGGCCUGAGUCAGUGAAGCAUUUCAGCCCUCUCGCUACUACCUCUCACAUAAGGAGCCCUGGUGGCAUAGUUGCUUUGCUUUGAGCUGUGACCCAUAAGGUCGGCAGUUCGAAACCACCAGCUCCUCCGCAGAAGAAAGACUGUCUACUUCUGUACGGAAACCCACAAGGGCACUUCUGUCCUGUCCUAUAAGCUAGCCUCUCUAUGAGUUGGCUUCAACUUGAGAGCAGCCUUACCUCUCUUGGGGACAGCUCUCCCCAAGCUUCCCCAAGCCAGAUUCUGAACUGAUGCAGUUCUACGUUUAUUUGCCCUUGCUCGGCCGGGCCCGAGGAUCUGGGAGGAGGAUAGGGACAAGGACCCCUGGAGGGUCAGGCUGCUGCUUGGGAGGGGGGCUCCGGCUCACUGACCCUCGGCUUGCGAUUUUCCUGUUUGUACAAGGGGACUGUGGCUUUCCCUCCCUGGGCACCCAUUCAGGGCCUUGAGCCUAUGGGGCUGUGCUGGUGCCUUCUGAGGGGCAGGCCAGGGACCUACAUGGACUGUUACCCAUGGGGUAGAAUAGCGCUCUUUGCAUCCCAGAGCCCCCAGAUGAGGCCAGCAAUUGCAAGAGCUCAGCUGCCUACGGGAAAGUGGACGUUCAGGUUCAUCCUGACCUUCGACGGCCCCCACUCGCCCGUGGAAAACUCUGUAGAGCACAGUUCUAUUCUGACACACAGGAUGAGCUCAGCACGAGGCUGAGUUGGAUCCACGACGACUUUCUUGUUUUGUUUUGUGCCCUGGAUUAAAACCGACCUGAACGAGAACCCCGGGGCAGUCGG